UUCUUUUCCGUAAACAAUUUGAAAGAAAUGCUGGGCAUUUUUGGUAUUUUAGUUGUAGCCAGUUCAACAGAACGCAGGCUGUAAACUAAUUAUUGUAGUUUACCAUUAUUAUUUUUGGAUGUAUUUUGUACUUGUGUCUGUUUUGGCUUGUUUAGCGUCAUGUCAUUGUUUUAUCGAAAGGGAUGAGAAGAAUGAGAACCACUGUGGUCUUCUACAGCACUGGAUUGAAUCCUCACUGGUUUCAAUGGAGAUAAUCAAAAGGGGUUUUCACAGGGAGGUUGAAAUCACUGUUGAGCUCAGCCCUGAUGUGCACAGUGCGGUCAGAGUUUUGCUGCUUCAUAGAUGGCCUAGAGGUGUUUAUGUUGAUCCGUACCAACUUGCAUCCCUCAGCGAUCUUAGUGAUUGGAAGAUAAUACUAGAUUCAACCAUUGACCUAGAGGGGCCUGCUCACAAGACUACGGGAUUUGUCACCUUUGUUUAUCCCACCCCUGAUGGAACAACUCCUACACUGUUAAAAGUAACGAUUCCCAUACACGGCCGUUACCACGAGCCUUCUUUUGUUGGCGAAACGUUUACGUCAGUUGAAAUAGAACCUCCAGAGCUACUGCUGUGGACUGAAAAAUGUGUGCCGCUUAACAAUGUAGAGCCUCAUGAUGUCAUGGAAGCCCCCUGUACUCACCACAAUUCAAGCUCAUGUCAAUGGGUUAAACAACAGCAUCAGCAAAAGGAGCAAGGCCCUGUGAGUGUCCAGUUUCCAGUUGGUGACGGGUCUUUGUGCGGGCCUGUGUGUGGUGGAACUCUUCUAGUCACAAUGCUCUGCUGUGUGGCACUGUCCAAACACAUGUGGGAACAUCGCAUCAUUUAAACACUGAUGGUCAACAUAUCUUGUGUUGAAUAACUCAUAAUACUAUAAUUAUGCAGUUUUAUCUGAUACCAGGAUCAUGGUACAUGGUAUGGCCACAAAUCCUGUUGCUGUCUUUAUCCCAAGCAAGGGUGUAACUUGUUAGAAAAAGUGUUUACUUUUACAAAAUUGGUCUUUUCAAAAAGUGGUGGGGACAUGUACCCAGCGUCCCCAGAACAAAUGGAGCUUAUGAUCCCAAGAGCAAAAUAACACUAUUUUAAAAUCUGAAUAAUAAAAACAAAGUAUCUUCUCUCCGUC